CCCUAUCGCAAUAACUAUUUUCAUAAUAUUUACCGUCGCAUCGCAUUAAAUUCAUUUAUAAAUCACUUGAAUAAAUCAACAAAUUAAAGCAAAAAAAGAAGUUUCAGAAACCACCGAAAGCCGGAGAAUGUAAAUAUGUUAAAUUACAUCAAGAGGCAAGCCAGCCUCCGUCGCAGCAGCCAAGAUGCCACGGAUGCCAAUUGUGGGCAAACAGCCGAUGAUGUGGACACCGUCGAUGCAGUCAUGGCGCACAAACGUCACUCACUACGCUCGACAACCAGUUUCUGUGACGAGGUGUUCCUAGAGGCGGAGGAAGAGUACAGCGUAGGGGGCGUGGGAGCCGGAGGAGGAGCCCCCUCAGAUGGUAUCAGUCUCUCCAGCAACGAUGAAAUUUUCACUUACAACUCGCGCCUUACCAUGAAUCUGGCUUCCAUUGUCAAAGAUCCCAACUGCCUGAGCUUCUUUGUGCAGUAUCUGGACACCCGACAAGCGCUCCCUUUGAUCAAAUUUUACCUGGACAUUGAGAACUUUAAGCGAGCGGCGAUCACGCAAGAGAAGGAAGAACCGGUGGAGCCUCCUAAAAGGGCUGAACAAUCUUCUCCACACAAAGAUGAAAAAGAUGUACCUGAACUGAAGACGUUGUGUGAUCUGUCCAUGCGGAAACCCCUAACAGACGACGAAAAGAGCCGCAUAUAUGCGGAGACCAACAAACAGAUUAAUAGGCAAAAAUCUGGGCCGGAAUGUGUCACGAGUUCUGAACUUUCCCGUGCCAGCAUUAGCGAUGCCAUUGCCAUAUACCAAAAGUAUCUGAUAGUGAAUGCCAGUCUUCAAGUGGAACUGCCAAUCGUCAUCCUUGCGCACAUUUCUUUGCUCCUUUGCGGAAGGGAUAAAUCUGAGUGCGUUAAACCAAUCCCAGCCAACUGCUUUGAUGAAGCCAGGGAGUUUGUGUUGGAUCAAUUGGAGAGGGAUCAUUUGCAGGGAUUCCUACAAAGCGGCUACUAUUCAACCUACUGCUUAGAGUUGAUCGAAGGUGGUUCCAUUAAUAUCUAUGAUGUGUUGAAUAGCGAACUGGCUUUAUUUUACUUUACCGAGUACCUGGAACAGCGACAAGAGCGGGAGUGUCUGGAGUUUUGGAUCACAGGCAUAAAUUUUCGCAAGAGUUUUGCCUCUGGAGAAAAGGAGGAGGAUCUUAAGGCGGCCCAAAGCGAUGCCAUGAUCAUUUACGAUAAAUACUUCUCCCUGCAAUCCGAGUGUCGCCUCUGGAUGUCCCAGAAGCUGCGAUUACGAGUAGAACAGGCCAUCUGUGCUCCAGGUGAACAGUGGCAAGCCUUUGAUUUGGCGCUUUUGGUUACGGCCAAGUAUCUAGAGCAAAAGUAUUUUUCUGAUUUUUUAAAGUCACACAUCUUUGAUAACUAUGUGAAUGAACUGAAGGUUAAGAGAGAUAACUCCACCCCACACCCAGGUAUACAGCAAAAGUUGAGCCUGCGAAGAACUGGCAAAACUUCUAAUGCACAGCAGCGUCACCGAAAAACCCUAUCCAUGUCAGACUACACGCACAUUUCUCAACACAACACACUGCUGGCUUCCAUGGAUCAAACACCAUCGAAAACAUCGAUUAACCAAGAAUCUGGCAAUCUCAAUAUCGAUGCAAGGCAAUUGACGAAUCCCCAACUUUUGUGGCAGCGUCCAGUAGGCGCACUUAAAUUCGGUUUUGUCAACUCCUUGGGACGCUAUGAACGGGACUUUGAGGCUGUAGAUGCAGUGGCUCUUAAAUCCCAACCAUGGUCCUUAAGUGUCAGCGGAAAUAAAAUCAGAAAUGCAAUGCGAAAGUUGGUAAAUCUGCCAGAGGAUAAUGUGCAAGAGGAAAUUGCCUGGCAAGUGGCUGAGAUGAUUGUCAAGGAUGUUACGAGUGUCACACUCAGUGGCAAGAUUCCUCCGCUGACAUAAUGUGCUUCACCGUUAUGGAAUUUAUUUAUCAUUUAUAAAUUAUUAUUUUUUGCUCAAAUCAAUAAGAAUCUCUUUAAAAUGUGCACAAAAUGAAAUCGCAACCGAAGCUCUCUGACUAUCUAUCUUAUGUACAAAUUAUGUUGAACAAAUCAAAUAUUUUAUCUUAACUUAUUUUCGUUAAUGCUGUGGGCUUUGAAAGCCUAUUAUUAACUGAACUAUUGCUCGCUCAUUUGUUAUUUAAAGCAACAAAUCCCAAAUCUCAAAUAUAAGGAAGCUAAAUCGA